CACUCGCCCACUCAUUUAGACAUACACAUACUCAAACACUUCAUUUAAUUUUUCACAUGGGGCUGGGUUACAAAAAGCUGGAGAAUGGAAUCAAUAAGUUCCGGUGCGUCAACGGCACCAAGAAUGCGCAAGAGAUGAUGCGCUCAAUACGGAUCCACGACGCAUACACAGCCAGGAUUCUGGACGAAGUGUGGGAGGAAGACGGCAGCUGGGACGCUCUAUACAAGCGCAAGGCCAAGUCUGGAUUAGACGAGGUCUCGCUGGCACACUUCCAGGCAGCCGCCUGCUACCGGCAGAGCAACUUCCUUGCGGCGUACAACCACCAACUGGCAUCCUACAAUGCCUUCUUGCGCGUCUUCCUUGAAAUGACUCGAUGGGGCGUACACACGCUGUUUGCCAUAAGCAAGGAUUUGAGCGAAAUUGCGUUGCGCGCUGAUAUGCAGCUCAGGGCGGCGGGCGCGCCAACAGGAAAAAUGGAGGAGGCGACGCGGGCAAUCAACCAGGGGUUUUCUAUGUGCAUGACCGACAGAGAGCCUGUUCUGAACCAGUCGCGCAAAUGGGGUACGUACCAUAUGGCUAACCUGUUGUUUGGCCUGUACCUGCGGCUCCACGCCUACAACUUAUGCGUCAGCAUGAUCCGCGCCAUUCGCGCGUCGGAGCUGCCGCCACUCGAGGCAUUUCCAAUGAGCGACCAGGUGACGUUCCGCUUCUACCGUGGCAUGUUGUCGUUCCGCUCGGAAAAGUAUCAUGCGGCCAAAGAGGAUCUACUAUUUGCCUUGGAGCAUUGCCACCGCAGCGCGUACAGCAACAAGACCCGGAUCCUCAUCUACCUCGCCCCCAUGCUGAUGAUGGAGGGCCGGAUGCCACACUCGCGUAUUCUGCGCAGGUACCCGGUCAUCAAGGCUCUCUACAGUGAUAUAGCGCAGGCGGCGAAGGCCGGAAAUAUCGGGCGUUUCGCCGCGCUGAUGGCUGAGAAGGAGCAGCAACUAAUGGAUCUGGGCGUCUUUCUGGCUGUCGAGCACGUGCACAAGAUUGCCGUGAGGCAGCUGUUGUACAAAGUGUACUUGAUUGACGGUAAGCCCAGCCGUAUUUCGUUCGAGCGCUUUGCCCAGGGAUUUACAGCCGCUGGUCUGCCGAUGGACGUGGCUGGCGUCGAGUGCAUUCUGGUUGACAUGAUUUUUGUGGGAUACAUUAAGGGCUACUUGGCCCACGAGCAUGGUAUGGCGGUGCUCAGUAAGCAGGUACCCUUCCCGCCAAUUACUAGCUGCCCAGCGCCAACAAGUCCCUCGAAUGGUAUCUGAAGGAGAAAAAAGAACGCCAUUUUUUUCAGUCCGCAGCUGUAUUUCAAUAUCCAAUUUUUGACUUUCUGGGAAACGUCGAGAUCGCGGCCAAAAAAAAGUUUGCACGAUUUUCAUCGUCCUACUUUUUUCUUUU